UGCACCAUGACACCCCAGCUGUUCCCCCUGUUGCUGCUGCUGCUCCUGGCCGGGCUCCCCGCCACACGGCCGGCUCCUCCGACCUGCUACUCUCGGAUGCUGGCCCUGAGCCGGGAGAUCACCUCUGACUUCCAGAGCCUGCAGGCCACGGAGCCCUUGGAUUUGGUGUUCCUGUCGGAUGACUGCAAUGCGUUAGAAUACCCAAUCCUAGUGACCACGGUCCUCCCGGAUCAUCAGAGCUAAGGCAGCUCAGACCAGAGACAGAACCUUGGGGAAUGAAAUUAUGUCAGCUGCCCAGACACAACAGACUAAAGCCGUGGCCCCCACAGCUCUCCUUGAAACUGUCAUGAGUUUCUGUCCACCUUCUGGAAACCACAGCUUGUGCUCCUACCUUGGAAUCAAUUCUGAACAUAAUUAGAAGCUUUGCUUCUCAUCCCCCCUUGUUCCUUUCUUGCCAGGAUGGUUAGAUACACAAGCAUGUUGAUUUGAUCACUGAGAAGAAAAGGGCAAACCAGCUUCUCUAGUUUGAACAGUAAGCUUGAGACCAAGCAAAACAGUAUGCUUGUGGUACUACUUUAAUGGCAUGGUGUUACCGUUUUUCUCUCUUGAUGGAAACCUGCUUACAUUAACCAUGCUUCUAUUUUAUACCUUCUUCAACUACAAAUGUUCCUUCCAGUUAGCUUUCAUUUUUUAGAAGAAAUUUCACUGCCUGUAAGAUGUAUUUGUAAGGUUUGUAAUGACAUAGUGCUGACGGGAACCACUCUAUCAUUGAAAGGUGAUGAAAAUCAAAUAAAGACUAUCAUGACGGUGAGAAA